GCAAGUGAGAUCGCCUUUUCUAGAAACAAAAUGUGGAGAUACUGCAAGGUACAAGAUCCUGAUACGAUCUUGAUCUAUGAUGCUAAGAUAAUAAUAGCAACUGAAGAAAUAGAAAUUCUUUUUAACGAAAGGAGUCUCAGUGGGUGGUUAACAAUCAACAAACUUGAACCAGGCAA